UGAGAAACUUCAUAGUCAGACUAUGGGGGGAGGGAGGAAGCGGGACUUACGGUAAAUUCUUACAAAAGGACGCGACCCAUUUUGAACGCUGGUACUCUCCAGAUGAGAACAGGAACAGCCACAUUCCAUCAUUCUUUUGCUAAGCCCCUUUAAUUGCCUGUGAUGGAGCAGACCGGCCCUCUCAUAGGAGUUCCCCCUGGACUGGAAUACCUCACUCAGAUUGACCAGAUCUUGAUUCACCAGAAAAUGGAGCUACUGGAAGUCCUCUGUGGCUUUGAGAACAACAACCAAUAUGAGAUCAAGAACAUCAUGGGCCAGACCAUCUACAAGGCGCUGGAGGAGACCAACUGCUGCGUCCGUAACAUGUGCGGCUCACUGCGCCGCUUCAACCUGAUGAUCAAGGACAACAUGGACCAGGAGGUCAUGCACCUGGUGCGGCCUUGGCGCUGCACUGGCUGCUGCUUCCCCUGCUGCCUGCAGGAGCUGGAGGUACAGGCGCCCCCUGGCACAGUGGUGGGCUAUGUGGUGGAGGACUGGCACCCUAUCCUGCCCAAAUUCUCCAUCCUGGGGCCUUCGAGGGAGACCGUUCUCAAGCUGGACGGUCCAUGCCUGCUCUUUAACUGCUGCGGCGACGUCAAAUUUGAGCUAAAGGGGAAAGACGGCCAGGAGACAGUCGGGCAAAUCACCAAGCAGUGGGGCGGCCUGCUGAAGGAGAUCCUCACAGACACCGACAACUUCGGCAUCCAAUUCCCAAUGGACCUUGACAUCAGGAUGAAGGCCGUACUGGUGGGGGCCUGUUUCCUCAUUGAUUUCAUGUACUUCGAGAAAGCUGGAGACGGAGACAACGUGCGCUCGUGUCUCUCCUCUUGAGCGCCGGCUGCUGGAGGAAUCUAGCCGUGCCGUAACAGGAAGUGCAGAAGCGACGUUGUUGUGGUAGACAGUCAGCUGGGUGUAACGUCCACAUGUUGUUCUUCCACUGCUCGUUCAUUUAAAACGCUGUAUUUCUACCUUCAGUCCUUCGUGUGCAGGUCAGUAUGGCAGGAUACCGUGGUAUGCCAUUCACCAUUACCAAAGAUCCACCCGUCCAUCCAUUCAUCCAUUGAUUAUACAUAACGGCUUAACAAGUAUGCCUACCAAUAGCAUUAUUAAAUAUUACCCCUUAUAGAAGUGUUACACGUAUAAAUUAACAUAUUUAGCAGAAAUCUAUAUAGCAAUUUCAUACAUGUUUUAUAUCACAUUUAAAUUUUCCUCCAUUUCCUUUUUAACGGCUAGUUUUUGACAAGGAGUCCAGACCCUUUCCCCGAAAUUUGCUUCGGGCCCUCGGUCACCGGUGGCAUGCAAAAUCUACCGCUAUAGUCCGGUCUGCAAAAUACACGAGGGAUGCGGUACCCACCGCGAUAUUUGUUUAUGGCUGCGGGGCUGUUUGUCACAGUGCAUUGGGCUGGAUACUUCGGAAUGGAUGAAAAUGGAAGAAGCAGGAAUAGUUGUAACGCAAUCGAUGUUUUAAUUGUAUCAGAUUUAAAUCCGUGAUUUCAUCUUGCUAUCUGUCUACUACGGACCGACAGCAAUUGGGCGACAGAGCUAUUCCAAAUGCGUAAUAUUCCAAGAUACACUUCAAUAUGUAGUAAAUAUAUUGCAUGUAAAUGUAGUACACGAUGAAACAGUUAUUUUGUAUUUUUAUAUUGAAUUUCAAGUUAAGGCAUAAAAUAUAUUUUCCCUUUACCAAAA